GGCCGCACCGCCAGCCAGACGCGCGCGGGGCCGAGGCGGGGGCGCCUCUCGGGCUGGGCCUUCGCACGUGUGCGCUGCCUCCGCCCCUAGCGCUCCUGCCCUGAGCUCAGGCUCGCCAGGGCUCUCGGGCGCGGCGGGAGAGUUGGCACAGAGCUCGCCGCGCCCGCGCCUCCCGCCCGCCUGUGCCUCCGCUCCCGCGCGCUGCGCUCGCCAUGGGGCCAACUGCGGGCGCCUAGGAGUUCGGGCUGCGGAGCGCGCCCAGCCCAGAGCUCUCGCGCGGGCAAUGGCAUAAGGCGCGACAGGGGUCCACCUCGAGGUGACCGAGAGGGGCCGGGCUGGCCGCCGGAGGAGCACAGCCCACGAUGAGUUUCCGCCAGGAGGACGGGGUGAACAGCCUGUGCCAGAAGGCGCUGCACAUCGUCACCGAGCUGUGCUUCGCGGGCCAGGUGGAGUGGGAGAAGUGCUCGGGCAUCUUCCCGCGCGGCGGCCAGACCGAGGGCGGCACAGAUAUUUCAGUCAGCCUGUUAGCAGUCGUCGUCAGCUUCUGUGGCCUGGCCUUGUUGGUUGUCUCACUUUUUGUCUUCUGGAAGUUGUGCUGGCCAUGCUGGAAAAGCAAGCCCAUCACUCCAAAUAUCAGCACCCUCCCACAGAGUACUUCAAGUGCUCCCACAGAGGUUUUCGAGACUGAAGAGAAAAAAGAGGUUAAAGAAAAUGGAAAGCCAACACUAAAAGCUAUUGAGCCUGCAAUAAAAAUUAGCCACACUUCUCCUGAUAUCCCAGCAGAAGUCCAAACUGCUUUAAAAGAACAUUUAAUUAAACAUGCGCGUGUGCAGAGACAAACUACUGAACCUACUUCUUCAUCCCGACACAAUUCCUUCAGGAGACACCUACCAAGACAAAUGCAGGUGUCCAGUGUGGAUUUCAGCAUCAGCACUGAACCUGCUUUGCAAAGAGGAGAAACAACAACCAGUAUUGGGAGGAUAAAACCAGAACUCUACAAACAGAAAUCGGUUGACUCGGAGGGCAACAGGACAGAAGAUAUCAAAACCUGUGGGAAACUUAACUUCACCCUCCAGUAUGAUUAUGAAAAUGAACUGCUAGUUGUGAAAAUUAUCAAAGCCUUAGAUCUCCCUGCGAAAGACUUCACAGGAACUUCAGAUCCGUAUGUGAAGAUGUAUCUUCUUCCAGAUAGAAAAAAGAAGUUUCAGACCCGGGUGCACAGAAAGACUUUAAAUCCUCUAUUUGAUGAAACUUUUCAGUUUCCAGUAGUAUACGAUCAAAUAAGCAACCGCAAACUACAUUUCAGUGUAUAUGAUUUUGACAGAUUUUCUAGACAUGACAUGAUUGGAGAAGUGAUUCUUGAUAAUUUGUUUGAAGACUCUGAUCUCUCCAGGGAGACCAUAAUAUGGAAAGACAUUCAUUGUGCUACCACAGAAAGUAUAGACCUGGGUGAAAUCAUGUUUUCCCUGUGUUAUUUGCCAACUGCUGGACGUAUGACGUUGACGGUCAUCAAGUGCAGGAAUCUGAAGGCAAUGGAUAUCACUGGCUCGUCAGAUCCCUAUGUCAAAGUGUCUCUGAUGUGUGAGGGUAGAAGACUAAAAAAAAGGAAAACGACUAUAAAGAAGAACACUCUCAACCCUGUGUACAAUGAGGCCAUUAUUUUUGAUAUUCCGCCUGAGAAUGUGGACCAGGUCAGCCUCUCCAUCGCAGUCAUGGAUUACGACAGGGUGGGACACAAUGAGGUCAUAGGAGUGUGCAGGACGGGGAUAGACGCCGAGGGCCUUGGGCGCGACCACUGGAAUGAGAUGCUAGCCUACCACCGGAAGCCCAUAACACACUGGCACCCCUUGCUGGAGAGUGCUGUUCUGCGUACCAUCCAUGUACCAUGCUCGACGUACACCUCUGACCAUUUGUGUCCUCUCAGCCAACCUGAACAGUUACCUGGCCGGGCGACAAGUUUUGAUAGUCAAGGAUCUUGCUCUUCUCCAAAACCACCUUCCACACCAUAAUGCCUCCAGUGUAAGACCCUGCAGUAAGGACCUAGGACCAUGUGUUCCUUAGAUCAGGGGGGAAAGGUGGGAAGGCUCAAUUUCCUCAGCUAUUCAUAGAAAUUAACAAAGUUGACAUGCUAUUUUCUCAUUUAUCUUUUUGUCUGUUUUUAAACUUUGAACACAUUAAUACUUUUUACUUGAAUACAAAUAGUCCUUAGUUACAUAAGGCAUUUUAUCCUUCAUGUCAUAUGCCUAUUAGCACAAAGAGAGUUUAAAAAUGUAAUUCUUUGCAUAAGUGAAGAAACGAAGUUUAAAAAAAAACAAAGAUUCAAUACAUAUAUAAAAUUAAACGUAGUUUAUGCUGCUAUUGUAUAAAGUAGUAUAUCGCAUAUGUGUGGUUAUGUUUUUGUUAUAAUUUGUUCAUUUUCAAUUGUGCACAUGGUUUUGUAUAGAUCUUAAUGGACUUUUUAACCUUCCCAUCCAUAGUGCUGAGUCCUUGUACAUUAAUAUUAAUGCCACUUAUCUGAUAAUAGUUUUACUUUCCUUUAUUCUUUUCUUAUUGAGGUUUGGGUCAGCCAAAAUCAAAACUUUGUCUCUCAACUUUGUUCUUUAAAAGUAUUCGGAUAAGUCAGUCAAUUUAAAGAGUCAUAUUGAGUAAAAAAAAGCUGAAAAAUGGAGGCUGAACCCUUCCUACUACUGUUUUAUACUGUCUGUCUUAUUAGUUCAGACCUCUGUUGCACUGUUAACUGAUGUUUUAAAACCUCUGAUAAUCUUAAUCUCAUGUGUAGUUUUGGUAAUCCUAAGUGACUAGAAACAUAAGUUCAGUUUUCAUGUGUUUGUAAGGUACUCAAGUUUUGUGACAUGUACUUUGUGAUAUGACACUACCACAUAGAUCCUGUAUUUCCAACAGAUCAUAGUAACAGACACCAAAGGUACCGCAGAAUGGUCUGUGUUCUUUGCCACUUAGAUAAUAUGCAGUACUGAUAGGUGACUCAAAACCAAUCAGAAACUUAGCACUGACAUUAGGGAUUUUUCCUACGCAAAGUGUGACUUAUUUUCCAGUGAACUAUAGAAAUAUACCAUAAAUAGUUUCCACAAAAUUUAAUAAAAAUAAAGUAAGUUUUAAAGGUCUAGACCUCCAGUUCUUUGAUGAAAGGCAUUUUCCUUCAUAAGGAUGGAGGACCCAGCCACUUGAUGUAAAAACUAUGCAAACGUUUUUACAGUACACACUUCCUUUUAAAUCAGGUCAACUUUUUAAUAUCUCAUUUUCCAGUCCUCUUGAAAGGUAUCUGUAUUUCCCUAAAAUUCCUUUGGAAAAGUGCACUCUGGAUGGUGCGUAUUUCAAUCUUAUUCCAAAAUAAAAAUUUUAGAAAAAGCAAGGGAACAAAUUCAUCAGGCUGGGAACAUUUUAUUGCCAAUUGUGAAAAUUUUAUUUUUCUAUAUCCCUAUUCCUAUUAAUAAGUGAAAUCUUAGAAGCCUUGAAAGUUUGUUUUCUUGCAUUCCUCCAUAAGUAAUCACUGUUAAUUAAAAUGUAAAUAUUUUGCUUAUUAAAAUUUGAAAGGCAAACAUAGUUAUACGUAAAAUUUUUCAAAAAAGCUUGUACUAUCUUAAUGAAAAAAAAUUCUUCAUAGUUAACAGUUUCUCACUAAAAAUAAUAAGGAAAAACUGCAAGCUGAAAAGAACGUGAACGAAAUGACUGAAGAUUUUUGAACUCUAUUUUAAAGGGGGAAAAGUGUCCAACAAAGACAAAACUUAUACUCUGAAAUUUUCUGGAGACAAUUAUGUUUUAAUAGAUAAAGCUACAACCUAAAUUAAAUUAGCAGCUUCAUUUCCUAAGUCAGUAUAACAUAUAUGUACACUCCAAAACAUAUUUUAAGAACUUCUUGUUCAUCCUUAAAAAAUAUAUGCUUUGUUUCAUAAGGAGAAAAAGCCAAUGUUUGUGAUAAAAAAAUGACCUUAAUGGGAGGAAUAUAUACAGAUUAAGGUAAGUUUUUAAAAUAAUUUUUUAAAACUUGAAAACUUUUCUUAGGGAUUAGAAUAGACUCAUAGUGUCAGAGUAAUUGUUAAUCCUGUGAAAAAGAUUAAAGGGAAGAAAUUCACAACUCAUCUCUCAUGUACCAUGUGAGGGACAUUUCCUUUCAGAUCGAUCCAGUCAAGCAUGAUCACUAAAAAUGGCAGCUGACAUGACCAAAAUGUAGCUCUUCCGCUUCCGACACAGCAUACUCAUUCUACACAUCCAUACACACAUAAAUUACUGUCUUUCUGCUUGUGAUCAAAGAUGAAAUCUUUCCAGUGUUCAAAAUAAGGCUUGAUGUUAGAAAUAUCUUCAACUAAUUUUAUGUGGGCCGUCAUAUUUUAAUGACAGUACUGACACAUUGUGAAGUCAUAGUUUAGGUAUGUAAUAAAUACCUUAAUUUCAGGGACUCAUUCAGGGACUUAAAUGAGAUAAGUGUAUGUAAGAGAUCAUGUCGAUUCACAACCCUGACAUUCAUUUGAUUUUUGAGUUUUGUUUUUGUCAUUCUUACCAUUAUAUAAUCUUUACACAAAACUGAAUGGUUCAUUCUUUUUCUCACUCAUAGUAUUUUUCUUGACAAUUUCAAUUUUCCUAGUUCAGCCAGCCAUAUUCCCAGUACUUUACAUGUAAAAUUCACAGUAUUAAUACAUUCAUAGUCCAAUGGCAAAUAUCACUGGGAUAGAGCCAGGAGUUAGCAUUGUGAAUUCACGACCACAUACUUUCUGGGACAGGUUUUUUUGGGGGGAGAGGGCUUGUUCUCGAUACUGCAGGGAAAUCACAGCUGAUCAAUACUGACUCAGGUUUUACAUGAAAGCAGAUAUUUUUAAACCUCUUUGGUUGUGAUAUGUAAUUGACCUUUACAGCUAUACUUAUUCUCCUCGAAGGUUUCCCUUAUACUAGUUUUAUAUUUUUCACUCAAUAAAGAGCUGUCAAUAUCAUAAAGCUUUCAUUUAACUAUUCUUGGAAAAUAAAGAAGUCAAACUUCCACUCCUGUCUCAGCUUGGCCGUACAUAAAGCAAAUUUCCAAAUGAAUCAGAAAGAUAACCAAAUACAGUUACAAAUAAAGGGACACACAGUCUUAAUAGUAAACACAUGACAAUUUAUUUAUCUUUUUGAAAAGACUACUUGAUGUUAUUUUAGAACAUCUAUGUUCAUGAGAUGGGGUGAUCUGAUUUUUUUCUUUGCCAUGUUAGUUGUUAUUACAACCAGGUAAUUUGAUUGCCUGACAGUUAAAAAAGGAAACAGGGGUUAACAAGAAUUUAAGACAGCCUCUAUAAAUCUAAAGAAAAUGUGAAAAUCUGUAUCUUUCACAGUUGGAUCUUAAAGCAACUCCAGUUGUUCUAGAGUAAUUUAAUUGUUCUUAACUUUUAUAAUUUUUAGGCUAAAAAUGUAUUGCCAUCCAAUGAUACAAAAGAACAGAAAUGUAAUAUAAAGAAACAAAAUAAUAGUUAAGCAAAGAUGUUAAAGCAUAUGAAAAUAAAGAUGUUGAUGUGCAAAAUCAAAAAUGUACUUUGUAUUUUAACUUAGAGUGAACAGUACAUCCUCUUACAUUGUUCCAAGAAACUCCAUAGCACAACAUUUAGUAGUUACACUCAGUGACAUGGCUCAGGAUAUGAUUCAUCUGAACCUGCUUUAAGGAGUUAUUAUUUAAAAGAAACUGAAUUUGUAUUGUACAUGGGAAACAAAGUUAAUUAAACAAAAUGUUGUUUCUAAUAUGUUAUUCAGUGAUAUGCUUUUAGGUAAGAAUUUGUUUCAUUGUAAGACUUCUAUAUUUACUAAGUAUUCUGUUAAAGUGAAUGGUAAUUUAAUAAAACGUGUUGGUAAUUACUUGGUAUCUGCCAUUAACAUUUUUUAAAAAAGAUAUGUAUUUGAACAUUGGCACUAGAUAUUUGGUUCAAUUAUAUUUUCAUUAGAGUAAAAAAUUUUCAUCUUUACUGUGUUCAGCAUGAAAAUAGGAAACCCAGGUUUGAUUUGGUAGUAUGAAAACAUACUGCAGAGACUUGGAGAAGAAAGUACUAAAUUAAAGCCUGGGAUGGACAUAAUGAUUUAUUGAAUGCAAACAUUUUUAAUACUAGAAACAAUGAUUGAAAAAGUAAGCCAAGAUAUUUAAGAGAAAGAAUGGGCUUCUUUAUACAGAUGAUUUAAAUGUACUCUUGUCAGGAAGAAUUGGUUGUGUUAAUUCUAUUUGUGCCCCUUCUGAGACACUAGAAAGGGCUUACUAUUGAUAGAUAUAUUUACAUGGAAAUAUUUUAAUCUCACAUCUCCAACAAAUCCCUCUGGAAUCUUACCUAAUAAUUUCACUAAAGAUUGAAGUUUACGGACCCCAAAAUAACGAUAAUCUCUAAGAUGAUGUACAAACUGAUAAAACAUUUAUUUUUUAUUAAAAUUGCAUGGUUUCUUCUGUUUAUGUUUAUAUAAAUCAUCUCAUGAGUUUCAUUACAAUUUCUAAGCUUUUUUAAAAAUAUCCUUUGAGCUUCCCAUUUUAAAAAAACAGCCAUUUCUCCAAUCCAUGCUUCGUAAGUUCAAUCAUUACAUAAAUAAGAAGCAAAUAAAAUAGCUCCAAUAUACAAAAUCAGUUCUUUCAUAAACAAAAGUCCAGUACCAAAGUUUUUUCAUUAACAUUAACUUGUUACUGACCCUUCCAACUGGGAGAUGUGAUUAGAUUAUUCUACAAAUACAAAGACACUACAGAACGCAAGUGAAAUCUUCCUUUCAGAAGGAAGAAUAAUGAAGUCAAAACAGAAAGGAACUGCUUCCUAUCGUACCUGUGAUAACUACUAAUCCCCCACAGAUAGAUAUUUGCCAGUUAUUCUGUACUGGCAUGAACUACUAAAAUUUAUUUCAUGCAUGACAUCAAAUAUUUUGGAACUAGUGUAUUUGAUCUUUCUUCGUACCCUUUAGUCUUUGUUCAUAAAGUGACUUUUUAACUGAAGUUUGUGAUUUUGUACUCAGCCAUUGUUCAAAUCAGUAUCUUUGACUUCCAUACCAUAGAAGAGAAAUUUCAAAAUCUUUUGGAAUUCAUGUUUCUGGCUUUUGUACAUGGUAGCCAGCCAUUUGUGAAACUUGACAGCUAUAAUUGUAUCACUUAGAACAAAUGUUCUGUGGCCACCUUUAGAAGAUACUACACACUGCAGUAUUUUUACAAUGUCUUCUUUAGGAUGUGUGAACAUAUUUGUCAGGUUCAGAUGAAUUAUGUAACAAUGAAACCUCAAAGCUGUUAUGAAGUAUAGUUUAUGAUUACUUUUGUAAAAGAAAAUGGAAAAGCACUUGAAAUAUAAUUUUACUGUUUCAUAUGUAUUUUGAAAAAGAAAUAAAGUGAUUAUAAAUAAC